UUUAUAACCCUUAGUGGUCCUUCCGUAUUUUCUGAGCUUAAAUUACUAUUUCCGAAUACGGAUUUAGCUCAAAUAUCUCUUGACACAAUGAUUAGCAAGCUGAAAUCGCGUUUUGAUAAAACAGAGUCGGAUAUUAUACAGCGUUUUAAAUUCAAUAACAGGAUACAAAAUCCAGAUAAAUCCGUUGAAGAUUUUGUGCUUUCGAUCAAGCUUCAAGCGGAAUUUUGUAAUUUCGGGAAUUUUAAAGAAUCAGCAAUACGGGAACGCAUUGUUGCCGGAUUGAGGGAUAAAGUACUUCAGCAACGGUUGCUAAAUGAAGAAAAUUUAACGCUGGAUUCAGCAGAAAAACUAAUCGCGACCUGGGAGAUGGCAGGGGCCAACGCGCGAACAUUGGGUAUUGCCUCUAAUGAGGAACAAAUCGCUUCUAUGAGACAGAAUGAACCAAAUAAAGGCGGUUACGCUUAUAAAAAGUUAGCAAGGAUAUAUAACAGAGCUCAAGCUGAAUUAAACCAGUCUCAAAGAUUUGAGAAUAGAGGCUCGGUGAAGGAUCGAUUGGGUUUUAAACCGUAUAAACAGUCUAAUGCAAUGGCGAAGGAAGAGAGGACAAUGCAUAAAACAACAUUCAAGCCAGCUGGUUGGAGAAACAAUCAGGAUACGUACCGUCCGGAAAGCAGGAUUUGCGAUUACUGUGGAAUUCGAGGACAUCUAAAGCGGAAGUGCUUUAAGCUAAAAAAUUCAAGGAAGGAGGCAGUGAAGUUCGUGGACUCUGCAGAACCUGGGCCAAGUACAUUGAGCGAGCUGUUCAGCCGUUUCAGACCACAUGAUUCGGAAAGUGAGGAUGAAAAAAAUUCAGAUACAUGUUGGAAGCGUGGAAAUCAUGGCUCAUCGAGGCCAACUUCGAGUCGCUAACCCAAGGAACGCCAGUGUUCGGCCAAACGUGGUCAUUUCUACGUUUGCUCAGGAUUUGAAAACAAGGAAGAGUAGAGAAGAAAGUGAUGAGGAGUUUCGUGGAUUCACGAUUGAUGAGCAGCGGCGAGGAAGAAAGCGGAAGCACUAUGAAGCAGGGAAUAAUUCUCAGAUGCCGUCUAUCAGGCGUUCGAAACGUAUAAAGAAGAAUUUGAUUUUUGAAGACUUUGUAUAUUCAAAGUGAUCGAUUGGUUCCAAGGGGAACAAAUUUCAUAUGGUUAUUUUUGUUAAACAUAAUAGUAAGGCUAGAAAAUAGCAAGAAUUAUAUAAAAAAAUAUAAAUUGAUUAUUGUCAA